AUGCCACUACCCCCAUCUUCGCAAGCUGCACUGAUCGGAGCUUGUGCCAGCUUAGGCUGGGCGUUUAAUAAUCAAGCCUAUACACCAAGGUCGCGCUCAGAUUCUUCGGUGAAAAACCUUUUGUGUUCAGGCUUUCUAAUUGAAACUAUAUCUGGGACAGUGGUGUUGCGUUGGGUCAAUUCACAACUGGGAAGGAUAUUAGGUUGGGUUGAGCGUGCUAUUCAACAGGAGCGGUGGGAUCCAAUAUCACCUCAGCAGCGGCAUGGAAGUUCAAUUGUUGAAGUUUACAGGAUUGUUGAAGAG